UAUAUCUAAUAAUAUUGGAGCGUUCGAGUGGCAUUGCUCUUGGAAGAGCUCAGUGGAAUUGGAAUUGCAAUUGGAAUUGGAAUCGGAAUCGAAAUCUCCUCCCGCUUCCAUCAAGAAUUCGAUUGAGAAUUGAGUGUGGAACCUCUAACUGUUCUCGCGAUUUGAUUCAUGGGAAGCAUGAUCUAGCGACGGGACGCUGGCCGAUCGAAACCCUAGUUCCGAUUCGUUGUGUCUUGGCUCCGAUUCGAGGGGCAGUUAGGGUGGUAAUCGGCCAUGGUGGAUCGCGAGGACGAGGACUUUCAGAUGGCACUGCGAAUGAGCCUGCAGAGCUUGCCACCGGAGGCGAAGCGGAGCAAGCCGUUGGAGAUAGCGGAGGAGUCCCUUGAGGCGAGGAAUCGGAGGUUGCAGCGCGAGCUCAUGGCGUCAGCUGCGGAGAAGAGGAUGAAGGCCUCCGAGUCCGAGGCUGCUGGAAAUAAAAGUGGUAGCCCUUCAAAGCCCGCGAGUGCGAGCGUGGUCGGGGACACUAAGGCCGUCUCGAUGGCCUCAGUCGCAGGGGAGCAGGCCAGCAGCACGCAUUUAGGGAAAUUUAAGGAAGGAGAAGGCAUGCGUUUAGGUUCUUGUGAGGCUCUCUCGUCGGCAGAUGCCGAGAAGCUGUUUACCCUGGUGUUCGGGAAUUGCGUUUCGAGAGAUGUUCUGGCACAAUGGAGUAACCAGGGAAUCAGAUUUAGCCCCGAUCCGGAAACUUGCAUGGGCUUGGUUCAAGAGAAGGGGGGUCCUUGUGGUGUAUUGGCCACCAUUCAGGCUUAUGUUUUGAAGUAUCUACUGUUUUUCUCGGACAAUUUUAGUAAAAUAGAUGUCAACAAACCACUAUAUGAACUAGGUCGGAACAAACUUUAUCAAAAUUCACAAACAGCAAGCAACAAUUUUGCAUCUAUUACUGAAGACAGAAAACAGAGAGCACUGGUUUACAGUAUGGCCGAAAUAUUGUUCCUAUGUGGGAAUGGUAAACAGGCUGUGGUGGCAACCAUAGGGGUUAACUGCCAUGAUUGGGAGGGCUCUGAGGAUGAUCAAAGUGAGUUGAUGUUAGCAAAAGCUCUGAAAGAUCUCUCUGUUGCAACGGCUUCAGACUUGCAGAAAUUUUUAAGAAUUAGUGCAUACAAUUCACAAGAAACUGCGAUACAUCAACUACUAAUUGCACUUCCGGUGUUUCAAAGCCGUAUGGGAGCGCUGUUGUUCCUUAUAUCUGCUCUACUUUCACGAGGGCUGGAGUUCAUUCAGGCAGACAGAGAUGAUCCUAGCCUACCUUUGGUCACAGCUCCAUUUGGCCAUGCCUCGCAGGAAAUUGUGAAUCUGCUGAUUUGUGGAGAGGCUGUGCCCAAUGUAUUUGAUGGCCGAAUGGAUGUUGGUGGCGGUAUGUUCCUGAAAGGUGUAGCCAUGACCCCGGAGAUUGGAUUCCUUUCACUUCUAGAAUCUCUCAACCUUUGCAAAGUUGGUCAGCAUCUAAAAUCCCCUAGAUGGCCCAUAUGGGUAGUGGGUAGUGAGUCCCACUACACUGUUCUUUUUGCUCUUGAUUCUGCUGUGCAAGAAGAGAACGAGCUGGAAGAGCGGGAGUCAAAGAUUAGGAAAGCAUUUGAUGCCCAGGACCAAAGUGGUGGUGGAGGGUUUAUUGGUGUGGAAGGAUUUCAACAAGUUCUCAGGGAGGGUAACAUCGAUUUUCCACCUGCAAAGAUAGAUCACCUCUGCAGUUCAGGGGUCAUCGUAUGGAGUGAAUUAUGGCACGCUUUGCUAGAAUUGGAUAAAAGUUAUGGGGGCCUCAAGGACUCAUCUGGAUUAAUGGGCAAGAAGCUGUUUGAUCUUUACCAUUUCAAUGGUAUUGCAAAAUCAGUAUCAAACACUACUGCUGUUGGCGGCGAGAGUCCCCUGCAGAAGCCAAGGCUUUGUAAACUGAGCGUUGUAGUUCCACCUCGAUGGACGCAGGAAGAGUUUUUGGCCGAUGUGGUGAGUAGCUCAAGCAAUGAUCCAAGUGUGAGAGAUACCGGCAUCCUCGAGCUCAAUCAGCCUCCUCAGCAUGCACCACUAGUCGACUGCAUCAGAACGCGAUGGCCACGAGCUAUGUGCAGCUGGAUUGGAGAUGCCCCGAGUAUUGUGUAAACUUAUCGUAGAUGCUCAUCGCACCUUCUGAAGGAAAACAUCCAGAUCAAACCUACCGAAGCUAAGACAUGCCAUGAUUGCUGUAAUAGCUACUGUCUAUUUGUUUAUUUAUGGUAAGUGUAAUUUUGUCUCCGGACUGACUUUGAGGUCUUUUCUCAGCCAAUUGGUACGAGAGUCCAAUGAACUUGAUGAGACAUUGAAUAUUUCUAACACGAAUAUUUAUUAGUUAUGGAAAUAAUCCACAAAAAAAAUGUGGCAGUUUUUAUUGA